AUCAUGUCAACAAAUCAAGUAAAUGUUGAUAGUAAAUUGAUUAAAUCAACUCAAGACAUUUUAAGUAAAAUAAUUAAGAAACCAAUUCUAACCGAGAAGUUGUUAAAACGACCUCCAUUUAAAUUUCUUCAUGAUAUCAUCAUAAACGUUAUUAGUUCAACUGGUUACAUGAAGGAUUCAUUUAAUUCCGAUGAUCUUAAUCAAUCAAUUCAGAAAGAUAAAGAAGGCAAAAUUGAUUUUCUUCAGAAAGUAAUUGACAUUGUCGGUUCAACAUUAGGUAAGCCCGUUGAUGUGAAGGCAGCUAAAAUUGUCGCUGGUCUUGAACCUGAUAAAACUAAUCAGUUCCUUCAAUUACUCGGUAAAGCAGCGAUUGUCUCAACUCGUGGUGGUAAAAAAGACUCACCAUCAACAACAGUAACCAAAUCAACUGUUAAAAGUGUAAACAGUAAAACAAUUAAUCGACCAGGUAAAAAGUCAACACCAUCGGCCGUUAAUAGUAAUCAAUCAGGAUCAAUUGGAUCGAAAGGUAAAAAAUCCUCGACAAAUGAUGGCAAAACUGAACAAUCAAUUGGUAAAAAUACUAAUCAACUAAAUUCUCGAGAAAAUUCAGCAAUUAAAGAAAUUAAAACCCCAGCUAAUAGUAGACCAGGUAGUUAUCGAACCAGAGGAUUAGGUGAUGUUAAUGAUGAUCAAGAUGAAAAAGAUCAAAAUGAUAAUCAUAAUGAAAAUUUUGAUAAUGAAUUAAGAGAUAAAAUUAAUUCUGCAAAAAGUGUUGUUGAUUCUUCAAAUUUAAUUACUAAUCAAAGUUCAUUAAUCACGGAAAAUGAUGAUGAUGAAAUGAUGAAACCGGAAGAUAAUCAGUCAGUUAAUGCUCCAGGUGAAACAAUUACGUCCGUAGAUGAAUCUUCAACUGAUUUACCUCGAAAAGGUCUUCCUCAAUUAAUGGUUCGUCCACCAACAGGAACCACCAUAUCUCAUACACCCAGGUCACCACGGCCCAGUGCUCGUCCCACUACAGCGAGAGCGGCUCCACCUAAAGUGGUCACUAAACGUGAACUAAUGGACUCGCCGAGUAUUGACCAAUCGAGAAUAUUAUCUUCAUCAGAACCGGUGGAAAAUUUGAUUACAGAAAAGGUUCGACCAGGUACAAGUGCUGGUGGACGAAAAAGUGUACUUAGGGGUGGAAAUAAAAGUGCCCUUGGUGGUGGUGGUGGUGGUGGAGAGAGAAGUGAUCAAGAUGAAGAUGAAGAUGAAGAUGCCAUGUUUAUAGUUCAAGAGGUUAAAGACGAUCUUGCAAGUACCAUUGAGUCGAGUGUUUUGUUACAAGGUCAUUCGAUUGGUGUCACCGAAGAGGACAAGUCAAAGGGUAGUUUGGUUAAACAGUUAAUCGAAACCAAAGUAGCUUUGGAAGGUAAUAAUCAAACCGAUGGACAAUUGAAUGUGACCAAUGGUCAUCUAUCCAAUGUUUUGGCUUCCCGUGAUAUCAACAAGUUAAGGGAAAACAUUCAACGGUUAACCCAACUGGCCACACCAUUAGGUCGGAUUUUGGACUAUCUUCAGGAAGAUAUUAAUUCAAUUGUUACUGAACUUCGAGGUUGGGUUGAUGAACAUUCAAAGAAUAUGAUUAAAUUGCAAGAAGAGAAAAGUUCAAUCGAUACUCACUUAGAACCAUUUCGAAUACAGUUAGAACAUUUGGACAGUGAUAUUAGUCGACUUUACGAAAGCAUCUCAAUCAGAAAAGCAGCAAUUCUCAGGAAUGAAGAAAAAAUCGAGAGAAUAAUUAAAAUGGUUGUAGAAAAAUCCAACUAAUUGUCGGAACAGAUUCGAAUCUCAUCUCAUUAAUUGUGAUUAUUAUUAUUAAACUUUCAGAAAAAAGAUGAAAAUUGUUCGAUCUAUUAAAAGAAAAUUGAAAGUUAAUUGUUUGGUAGAAAAAGAAAUGUAAAAAUCUUUAUUAAGAAUUUAAUUUUUAUGAGAUGUUGGUGAUUAAUACAUCAUCUUAGAUUGAGUUUUAAUCAAUCAUCGUUUAAUUUUUCGGAACAUUGAAAAUUAAACCGAUUGAAUGUUUGAUUUGAAUUAACAAAUUGUACACAAAAAUUUGAUGGUGAUUAAAAUAAUUUCUGAGUAAAACUAAGAGUAUUGGUCAUUUAACAGGAAGAUAAAUGAUGAGAAAUUCACACAGGUAGAGAAAAAAAGUUAAUCUGAAUUCGUUUGGAAGAAAAAAAAUUUUCAACACUUGGCAAUUUGUUAACAAAUUCUGUUAAUUAUUUGAUUGGUUUUCCAGUGAUUUAUGAACGAUAUUGAUUCCAUCUUCUUGAAGAGACGGCGUAUCUUGAUCGUUGUUGUUGUUUUGGCAGUUCUUGGGAAUAGUAAACUGAACUUGGCUCGUAAUCUGGUUCCUCAUCGGUAGUUUGGA